ACAACACUAAGAAAGUAAUGUCAUAAAGUCCCUGCAUGCUACGUCAGAUGGCAGCACGUUUUCGGAGUAUUGAUUUUCUCUCCAACACUGGCUUGUCGGAAAAUCAAUAUCACAUUCUGAAUCGUCUGGAAAACCCAUUUGCGUGACAUUGUCCUUAGAAGUGCUUUCGUGUGAUCAAAAUAACAAUCUAGUAAAAUUUACCUGUCGUACACAAUAUAGCGAAGCCCUAAGAAAGAAUAAGAUCGGGAAAUUCCGUUGAAGCACUGAGUUACGAUGUUUAUACAAGAGUGAACAAAAUUUCCGAUAUCGUGUGUGUUGUUUCGCUUCAAAGUUUUUUUGCUGCUUUAUUAUGCGUUCUCUAACUGCGGCCCACGGGGUGGAACCCUUGCCUGAAUUGGGUUUAACAUCUGGGAUACAAGUUGAAGACAACCCCGAUGCGGACAUGGCCGGGGCGCAAGACACUAUUUACUUGUGUAACUUCCGCGUCUCAGUUGACGGAGAGUGGCUCUGUUUGAAGGAACUGCACGACAUGGAAAUGCAGAAUUCUUAUACUGCUCAAUCAGAUAACGGUGCAAUGACUUCUCCAGACGAUCCUAUGCAUUCUUUAAUGGCCCGAGACCCGGUUGUGAUAGAGCGCAGCAAUCUCGUGAAUAUCUCCAAGCUGAUUGUGAAGGAGCUAAUUGAGCAAUCACUGCGAUAUGGCCGGAUGCUCGACAGUGAUCAUUUACCGUUGCAUCACUUCUUCAUUGUUCUUGAACAUGUCAUGCGUCAUGGGCUCAAGCCUAAAAAGGGCUUGCUUGGUCCAAAGAAGGAAUUGUGGGAUAUUCUGCAAAUGGUCGAAAAAUAUUCACCAGAAGCAGCAGACAUCACAGCUAGCAUCAGGGACUUACCUACCGUCAAGACUGCAAUGGGACGCGCUAGAGCCUGGCUACGUUUAGCGCUAAUGCAAAAGAGGCUUGCUGACUACCUCAGAAUCUUGUUGGAACAUCGCGAAGAAACGCUUGAAGAAUAUUUCGAACCGCACGCAUUGAUGCUAAAUGAGGAAGCUGUGAUCAUAACAGGAUUACUUGUUGGCCUGAAUGUUGUUGAUUGCAAUUUAUGUGUUAAGGAAGAAGAUUUAGACAGUCAGCAAGGAGUGAUAGAUUUCUCCCUCUACCUUCGCGGAAGCAAUUCAUCCAAUGAGUUGGCCGGUAACGGUAAUAAUGGAAACAAUGAACCCAAGCAACGCCACAUCAACACAAUGUUGGACCAAAAGAAUUACAUCGAAGAGUUAAACAGACAUCUUAAUGCAACAGUGACAAAUCUUCAAUCCAAAGUCGAGGGGCUGACAACAACCAAUGCUUUAAUGAAGGAAGACCUGGCUAUCGCUAAGAACACCAUGAUCCAGCUGGUAGAAGAAAACAAUCAGUUAAAACAUGCUCUAGGUCAGGACUUGUCCAAAGAUAGCAGGAUGAAAGUGAUGGAAGUGCAAGCCGAUGAAGAGGAGAAAAGAAGCGUGAAAAGUAAUACGUCUGAUAAAUAUAAACAUGAGAAAGAAUCUGAACUUGGUAAGAGUUUGGAAGAGGAGAAGAAGAAAAACAUGGAGUUGCAGAAAGAGUUGGAUUUGCAGAUAUCGUUAAAAGCAGAAAUGGAAGUUGCUAUGAAGCUCCUCGAGAAAGACAUUCAUGAUAAGCAGGAUACGAUUAUUUCUCUACGACGACAAUUGGACGAUAUUAAACUGAUAAAUCUGGAGAUGUACAAGAAAUUGCAGGAAUGUGAAAGUUCCUUGAAACAUAAAACAGAGCUAAUAGCCAAAUUGGAAGCAAAGACUGAAUCAAUGGGCAGCACGAUACAUCAGCUUGAUGAGAAGUUACAGGAAGAUAAAAAUGUUCGUAAGAACCUAGAAGAGAAUUCAAGAUCUCUCGGGCAGAAGGCAGCAAUCGCUGAAACCAGGGCAGUCGCCGCUGAAGGUGACCUACGGAUAGAACGUGAAUGGAGGAUAUCUUUACAGGAAUCAAUGAUGCGGGACCGCGAUAAAAUAUCGAUACUCAAUCAAGAAGUGGAAUCUCUUAAAUCUAUAGGACAGAAAUAUAUAGCACUUCAAGAAGAACAACAUCAGCUCAAGAUACAGUACAGUGAAGCUCAGAAAACUCUAGAAGAAGUCGGGGCCACUUUGUCUGAAAAUAAAUUGCAACUUGCCGAAAUGCUAGAAAAGGAGGCAAAAUCUACCGAUGAAACGCCAAACUGGACUAGUGACAAGGACGCCGUAGCCUGCGCCGCGUGUGCUAAAGAGUUCAAUAUCGCUAGGAGAAAGCAUCACUGCAGAAGAUGUGGCCAUAUAUUCUGCGGUGCGUGUAGUGAAAAAACAGUUGCCCUUGUCGGGAAUACAAAGCCCGUUCGAGUUUGUGACGCUUGCUUCGUGGAAGUCAGGCUAACCUAAACGUGUAAUGAAGACUGAACUGUGUUGACUAUUUUGAUUAGAACAAUUUAAAUCAAUUUUAUAACCUGUACGCAAAAUAACGAAGCAUUUUUUGAUGUUAAUAAUUCGAUGACACGUACGUAUAAUAUCGGAAAUAUUAUUUAGACCGAAUUUGUAUUUUAUCUAUGUCUGUGUAACUUUAAAAUACUCUUCACUAACUUCUUCAAUUUUCUUGCAACAAUAAUGUGUUAAAAACUAUUUACCACCUACUCUGUAUAUUAAAUUAAGCUUCUUGCGUACAUCCGAAUUAUUAUCACCAUUCUAUACGAUUUUGGUAAAUGGAUUAACUAUGAAAAAAUAUUUGUGUAACUAACGUUAAUUCGGAAUUUUGUUACGUUCAAAAAAGAAAAUUGACUUUAUUUGUAUACAUUUGUAUAAUAACCAGUCAUUGAAAUAUCCAAGACAUUUUGUGGAAUUUCUUGACGUAAUCUGAAUAUGGAUAUUUUAUUAACUCACAUAUAAUAUAAUUUAUAAUAUUUAAACUAAAAAGAAUCGAAUAUUAUAUGGAAUCAAUCUAAUGGAAUAGUAGAAAUGAUAAGAACUAUAUGUAAUAAUUUAUGUUUAACUCUGUAUAAGCCGAACUUUAAAUACUUAUGCAAUUUGUAAGCUCUUUAUUAAGGGCAUAGGUUUUUGAGUCGGUCGUUGAUGAGAACAUUACGAUACCGUUAGGUACGUGCAGAGAGCGACUAUAAUAUUUUGAACAACACAAGCCUUAUCAAGGUAAGUUUACCUUAUCCUUGAGUGGCAAUAAGUGGGGAACCCAAGGGUCUGAAACCAAGCGAAAGACCGUGGCGUUUUAAAUUUUAACUCGCUACCAAAGAACUAGGUGGACGUCCAAUAAUUGACAUGAUGAAGAAGUCUUGUUUAUUAAAAUGUAUGCGAUGAUUCACCCAAAUUGCACCGUCCAUUAAGAACACUGCUUUAUGCUUAUAAGAUGUUAUAAGAAAGCCAGUACUGGCGUUUACAACUCAAAAAGAAUGAAAUACCAAAAGCCAUGUUGUUAACAUAGAAGUACGCGUAUCAACGAUAUAAUAUAAGACAGAAUGCCAAGUGCGAGAUUUUCAAGCUUAUUUACUUAUUCGAUAUCGUGAAAGUUAUCAACGAUUUAUAUGGUAUCGCGCCAUCUAGUGACAGGUAUGGUUUCCGAGUAUUGAAAUUAAAUUUCUAAGUAAAUGUGAAUAAAAAAAUCUCACACUUACCACAAUUUCUAAAUACUGCUAAUAAUACGAUGUUGACUUAACGGUGAAGAAUUAAUUUAACUUGAAUUUUAAAUAGGAAAUACCAAAUAUAAUUUGAUUGGUGGAUUUACCCGUAGUGGAGGCUAUAGUUUUCAUACAGUUCAGUUGAAACAGAUGAUUGGACUUGAAAGUAGUUAUUACUAUAAUUUU